CGGUAGCCUGACUACACAGAAAGUGUUACACUGAGGAAAUGUGAUGCUCUGUCAUGCCUCGGGUCUGAGAGGAGAACGCUGCGGACUGCAACAACACGCACAGCAAACACUCCUCAACCCAAACAAUAAUGUAGAGAGAGGGAGCACCCAGUCCUCGAGAUUUCUGGGAUUUUAUUUCAUACCUUUUUCUCUCCUGGCAAUCGGAGCAGAGGAGAACAGAAGAAAAAAAAAUGUUAAAUACGGUGUUGGACUCGCUGAUCGCGGUGCUCCUGGUUUGCAAAGCGGCUACCUCGCAGUACUCCAGCAACCAAUGUAGCUGGAAGGGAAGUGGUUUAACGCACAAUGCUCACUCCAGAGAUGUAGAACAAGUGUACCUGCGCUGUUCUGAAGGUUCAUUGGAAUGGUUGUAUCCUACUGGAGCCCUGAGGGUUAACUUAAGAACCAAUAUAGCAACAUCUUACAAAGAUUUGACUGUCUGCAUUAAACCGUUCAAAGAUUCCAAGGGAGCUAAUAUUUAUUUAGAAAAGGUUGGUGAUCUGAAACUUCUUAUGACUGAAGAGGACCACGUCCCAAGCAAAGUGUACUGUUUUGGCAUGGAUCAGGGGGCACUCUUUAUCCAAGCCACCCCUCAGAUGGACAUAAGCAGAAAAAUCACUGGUUUUCAGUAUGAAUUAUUUAAAGACAGGACUGUUGCAGAUUUACGCAAUGCACCAGCUUCUUGUCGCCCAUGCAAUGACAAGGAAGUCCUCCUCGCUGCCUGCACCAGUGAUUUGGUGAUCAGAGGAACCAUUCGUUCUGUGUCACAUGAUCAACAGCAGGAAGAAUCAAGGAUAGAUAUAUUUGCAGACAAGAUUUAUAGACAAAAGAACAAAACAUUCCAGCCAAUUGGGAAGAGUGGGAAAUGGCUGGGAUAUAUAAAGACACUGCUGCAUUGUGGAGUCAAGGAAGGAGAAGGGGACUUCCUAUUCACAGGCAGCAUGCACUUUGGUGAGGCCCAACUAGGCUGUGCUCCCCGAUAUAAGGACUUCAGAAGGAUCUACAAAGAAGCAAGAGACAAAGGGGAAAACCCUUGUGAACUGACUACAGAUUGACACUACCCUUCCAUAACUGGAUGAGAGUUAUCCAGAUCAAAAGGAACACUAUCUUAUAGUGUGCUGCAUUUGACACGUGGUACUGAUGAAACCAAGCAUUCUGCCACUUUAAUAGAGCUCUGUGUUGCUAGGCAACAUUACAGAUUUCAACUAAACUAAAAUGAACAAGACUUAAAGAUCAUUGUUACUCAAGACUGCCAUCAAAAUAUCAAUACUAAUGAAUUUCAAAGUCUUAAAGAUUAUGAAUGUAGCAUAAACUUGUAUAUGAUGUACAGAUGUUCAAAGUGAUGCCUGGAAGCUGUUGUUUUGUAAUGAAGCUGAUGUACAGUGCAAGGGAUUUCCUAAGACAGAAAAUUAUGAAGACAAAAUGUUUCUGGGAGAAUGUAGAGUCUGAGAUAUUGUGAGCCCUUUUAAUUGUUAAUAAAAUCAUUCCAGAGAAGUAACUAUCUCUGGCUCAACACAGA